GUCUUAACCUGGCACUGAAAAACAUAUAAUGACGGUGCCAGGCGGACCUCUCUGGGGAGAUAUGGGCUCUCCCUGCACCCCUUUCAUCAUAAUGGCUGGCAUUUUGGUUCAGGGCAUGUGCUUCUUUGGAGUACUACUGCUGUCCAUCCAUCCAUCUGUCCACCUAUAAAGAGCUUCUGUAGCUUCUGAUUUUUGGUUAUGAUAGACACCAAGUGCUAUGUGUCCUUCUGUGAAACAUAUAGGAAGCCCAUCUAGACCUAGGAAUGGGUGCGGGGCUGUUCUUCGGGCGCAGGGCUGGCUGAAGCCAUCAGUCUUUUUCAUGGAAAAGAGACCAUGGAAAGGAGAAGCUAUCUUCUCCCUCACACAUGCCACCCUUUGGCUUUACAGAGCCAAAGGGCUGGCUGUGAAAAAUUGGCCUUCCUUUCUCCACAAGGAGGCCCAGAGCAAUACCUCCACUGAAGUGAAGCAAGGAGGAGCUGGGGCCUUCUUGCAGUGUUGCCAAGGAAGUAGUUGCACAUGAAUAUGGCAACUCAUCACCCCAACACAAACACACUUUCCAAGGCCACCCCAUUUCAUUUUAUCCAUGCAAGUGAAUGUUUCUAUGGACAACUCCUCUUUAAGAUUUAGCUGGCACGGGGACAAAAAGCUCCAUCCCUCAUAUUGAUCCCAAUCUCUCUCUCUCUCUCUCUCUCUGUGGAACACUUCUGUGCAUGAAUACUUGUAGAUGAAGCAAUGGCAAUUACAGGCAGUGUCCCUCUGGACCAGCAGCUAGUCCUGCAGCUAGCUCUGUUAUCGUUGCAAAAUAAACUGGGGUUUGGAGCUCUUACAUAUCUGAUCAGUUUUGUCACAUGUCUUUCUCCCGGAAAUGGAAAAUAUGUGUCCUGCUGGGAAGUACAUUGUGAGUUGACCCCAGAAUUCCUAUUUCAUAGCAUCAACCUCUCUAUAAGUAUACCCAAUGGAUAAACUUGGCAAGAAGCAGAAUAUGUUCAAAACUCAUCCACUGUGUUCUCUGCCCUGAUUGGUUUAUGCUUGUCUUUCAGUUUCUGUGAAGGGUUUCUUGUUAGCUACGUCUGGAAAGGCUGCUUUGUUUGCAUAUGUGAUAUUUCCCUUCAUCACUGUAAUCAUUAUUCUCCAAGGUGCUCCAAUUCUGAGACAGGAAGUACCAAAGGGUGGUAUAUGAAGCCCAACCACUUCUUACUAAUCACUAUAAUCCUGCCAGUUUGCUGGAAUGAUUUACAAGCAAGCAAAGCAAGGAAACUGGGAACCUUGCAUGCGAUACUCUCUUAUUGCUCUCCAUAUGUCCACAGAUUUGGCGCCUUCAGCACUUUCCAGGCCCUGUGUGCUGGUUUCCUUAGAAGCAGAUCCAUGCAUUCCUACACCAUGGCGUCACCAGAUAGGAUGAGUGGCUCAGAUAAUGGACUGGAUGAAACAGAACUCAGCAUCACUCUCACUCUCAGAAUGCUCAUGCAUGGAAAGGAAGUUGGCAGUAUCAUAGGCAAGAAAGGAGAGACUGUGAAGCGGAUACGGGAGCAAAGUACAGCCCGGAUCACCAUUUCAGAGGGAUCUUGUCCAGAGCGGAUCACCACUAUUACAGGAUCCACAGAUGCUGUUUUCAGAGCUGUUUCCAUGAUUGCAUUCAAGCUGGAAGAGGACCUGGGAACUGGAGUUACCAAUGGAGGAACAAACUCCAAGUCACCCGUAACACUGAGGCUAGUCAUCCCAGCCAGCCAGUGUGGUUCACUCAUUGGCAAAGCAGGAGCCAAAAUAAAGGAGAUUCGAGAGUCACCACCCAAAGGUGCCACUAUUCCCUAUCAUCCAAGCCUGUCUUUGGGACCGGUUCUUCUCUCCGCCAAUCAGGGAUUCUCCUUGCAAGGACAGUACAGUGGCAUGUCUCAAGCUGAGGUGACAAAGUUGCAGCAGCUUUCUGGACACCCCGUCUCAUUUUCGUCUUUGGGACAAACUCCAUCUAUAGUAGCAGGCCUGGACACAAACUCUCAGAAUAGUUCUCAGGAGUUUCUGGUUCCCAAUGAUCUCAUUGGCUGCAUCAUUGGCCGUCAGGGCAGCAAGAUCAGCGAGAUCCGGCAGAUGUCCGGAGCGCACAUCAAGAUUGGGAAUCAGACAGAGGGCUCUGCUGAACGUCAUGUAACCAUCACAGGCACUCCGGUCAGCAUCACCUUGGCACAGUACCUCAUCACAGCCUGUUUAGAGACGGCCAAAUCUACCUCCCAGACGCCCCCAGUUGACCUCGGCAUGACUUUCUCCCAGCCCCUCACCCCUUCGCCAGCCCCAGCGCUGACAGCAGUGGCCGCGCCUCCCCCAGCCUUGCUUGGCGCUCCCUAUGCCAUCUCCCUCUCCAACUUCAUCGGCUUGAAACCUGUCCCCUUCUUGACACUGCCUGCUUCCUCGGCCACAGGGCAUAACGGCAGCCUUGCUACCUACACGACCAAGAUCUCCACAGCCAAUGCCAGCAAGAAAGCUGAGAGACAGAAGUUCUCCCCAUACUGAACGGGAAGGCGGGCUGUGGAGCAGGUGAGGGGACUCCUUUGGGGACCCUCGCAUGCUUUGAUAGAAGGCAUCAGCACCUGGCCACUCCAAAGCAAGACUGCAUGGGGAGAGACUAAGCAAGGGGUGAGGGGAAAGACAAUGGUAUAGGAAAGCAAGGGGAUGGGAGGAGUGUGCUCUGGACCACUGCUGAGAGCAGUGCUGCCCAAGAGCCGGUCAGAAAUGGUUCUUCUGCAUAGAUCCUGCCUGAUCCUGGCUGAGAGUUCUUUCUUGAGACUCAUGACUUUAUCUCUGUCGAAGAAUUCCUCUCCCACACCUGGAAGUAUUAUUUUCCUUUACCUUCUGUAAACCUACUUGACCUCCUUCAGGAAAGAGCUCCUCUCCAUCUGAUUGCCUGCCAUUUUUCUAAAUUUUAGGAAAACAGGUUGCUUAAGGCAAAUUGGAAAAGAAAAAUCCACCCAUUAGUUUGCAGUAUACUGAAGGAGCUGGAGGUCUUGGGAAAGGCUGCAUCUUGGUUGUGACAGUAGGCAGCUUGGUAGAUCUGUGAUGUUGACAAUAGAGAAUAUGCUGUAUGUUGUUAUGGGCGCACCUAGAGAAGGCUUUGUUGUGUCAUCACACUGCCACCCUGCUUCAUGGCAUUUUGUGGGGAUCCACUUGUCUUCCCCUUGUAGCCUCCCCAUGUUUCCCUAUCACGUCUUCCACCUUUUUUUCUUACCAUAGAAAAUCCAAUAAGAAGAAAACAGGCAGAAUAACUGCACCAUGCCUUUUUUGUUGAUAGCACUAGGAGCCCUCUGUCUGGAAACACACUUGGAUUGCAUUUUCAAGGGCAGAACUAGAAAGGUUCUGAUUUAGACAGAACUGGAAGGUACGUAGGGCCUAGAUAUGUCAGGAUGCACCAAAAAAGAAUGUACCAAAAGUGGGGAUCCACUUUGAUACUAUGCUUCUCCUAAUAAGAAUAGAAGAAUACUUCUCCUAAAUAGAAAUAUGAAAAAAAAAAGCUUUUCAGGAUUCUUCAGGCCAGCCUCAAGAUCAUACAGGAUUCUGGACUAUUCCUUCUAAAAAAGAAUAAAAAUGGGUUGAAAGGAAUCGCUUUCAUCAGAUGCCCCUCUGUAGGUUGCAGGAGGUGGCACAGCAAACAUGGAUGGAUAAUUGGCUUUUCCUCACUGAUCAGCUGAGCGAUGACUAAUCACAAAUAGGACUGACCUAUUACUGGAUUAGCACUUCCAACACUGGCUCAUAAGUGGUUGACAUCUACCCUCAUAUUCUACUUUGGGGCAGAUACCACAGGAAGCCUCUCUUUGGCGAGGCAUGUCUUAUGUUGUCAUGCCAAUAAUGCAUCCUUGAUUUUUAUUUCAUGGGAUGGUGUCUCCAGUAAGUGCUACCAAUUUUGCUCUCGUCCAUUACACUGCAACCAUUAGCGUGGGUACUCUGAAUGUCCCACUGUGUCCAGUGAGGCUUACCUGUGAACAUGGGAAGCUGCCUUAGAAGAAAUUCGACUAUUGUUGCAUCUAAGUCAAUAUUACAUAUGCUGGCUUGCAGCAGUUCUUCCAGGUUUAAGGCAGGGGUCUUUCCCAGCCUCACCUGAAGAUUCCAGGCACUGAUCCUGUGAGUUUCUGCUUCAAAGCAUGAAGUCUACCACUGAGCGAUGGACCUUCCCCAGAAGGGAACUCCAUGGUAAGUGGACGUAGGAUUGCAGCCAUAGUGAUUUGGUCAAUUCUGCCACAUGCUAUUCUCUGAAAAGGCUCCCCAUUACCAUACCUUCUUCCUCUGUUGACAUCAUAAAGACACUUGUCCAGUCAAAACAUCUGGGGGAAGAGGUGGCAGCCAGAGACACGGAAGCAUUUUCCCAUCUUGAUGACUUUUGAUUAAAGUUACUGACAUGUAUGCCUAGUAUGUCUGACACUUGUGAUUUAGGCUUUCAUCCUAACAGCAUAUAAUUCACACUGCUGCACUCAGUAAAUGUCCCAAUGUAUUAAAUAUACCAUAUAGCAAAGGAUCCCACACUCCGUUUCUUAGCUGGUUUGCAAAUCAUUGUACCUUCAUUGAAGUGGGUCAGCAUGUAACCUGGCAUACUGUGUUUCUCCAGUCAACAUUGCGGUGUUCAUUGCAAAUUCUUAUCAUUAUAAGGCAUUGAAUGCAAUGUUAGUUUUGAAUGAAACUGAGAAAAAUGGUAAUUAAAAAAGCCAUCCCUGAAUUUGCUGUUUGCCUACUCCUCCUAUUAAAACAGUUGGUUCACCAUCAGCAAAGGUUAGUCCCAGGGCUGGGUUCUGUGUCUGCAUCAAAGUAAGUUAAAAACCUGCAUGCAGUAAAUCCAAAUUCUGUGCCAUAAAAAGCUCAUUUCUAUGACCUGCAUAAAUUAUACAUUUCUCCUGCACAGCAGAAUACAUUUUUCUUUCUGCUCAUUAUGUUGGAUUGAUAAUUAUGGGGAAAGCAAAGCACCAGCACCUCCACAGUCACUGGGAAUCUAGUUAAUCUGCCUCUCCUAAGAGUUCAGCAAGCACAGCUCACCCACUUUCAUGCACAUCUUUGCAGCAAAUCUUGUGCAUUUCCUUUGGGAGUCAACAUAGCACCCUGUUUAUGUAAAGCUUACACUAUUAGGUUGCUACACCAAAGCUGUACAGGGGAAAAGUCUAUUGGACUUAAGAAAAAUGGGGCAAACAAUGGGAUUAGCAAUACCAGUGCAAUAGGCAGUGGCAUCUCUUGCUUACUAAUGGAUUAGUCCUCCAUUACAAAUGGUUUUGGUGGCAGUGAGUAGGUCCCCCUGCCCUCUGUAACUGCAGCCAAUGACUGAGAAAAAUUCUAAAGAUUCAUAUAUCUAAUAAGUCAAAUUCUCCAAUGAUUUACAUCUGCGUUGGUGCAGUUCAUUAUUUCAGUUGUCCAAGAAAGGGACAAAGCCAAAAAAAUCCUAUUCCUACAGAACAAUCCAACCAUUUGUCCGUUUGGCAUUGUACCCUGGCUGGUACAAAUUUCUAAUUCUCCUCUAUCACUUGCUGGCAAAAUAAAAAGUCCUCCCAUCUUUUCUUGCUGUUCUGAGGAACUUCCCUUUCCUUAUCCCAUGAUCCUCUUUCGCUUGCCUUUCAAAAUGCUGUACAUAUAAUUCUAUAUUUUUCCUCCUUUGUAACUUAUCAUUGAUUUAAUAAAAAUGCAAACUUUGUCAACUCAGAGGUUAUGUGAUCAGAAUUUUGUACAUUUCAAUCAGACAAAAUAAAAAUCUCAAACCAGCUAUUUGAAUGAUUUAAUAAAAAGCAAAAUAGAGAAAGCCUGUGCAAUGUUUUCCCUAAAAAAUAAAUAGUUGUUGGAAUUGCAACUUC